AGCACACAACAACCUUACAGCAGGUUCAGUUUCAAAUGAACUCCUUCAAAAACAAAGUGAUGGUCAAUUAACCUUGAGUGUGAGGCAAAAUCCUAAUCUUCUAUGUGGAACAACUUCAUGCACCCUGCAAACAAAUGCUACAAGAAAGAAAAAGAAUAAUGCAGUUAUUACAGUGGUAGCAUCAAUUGCAGGGAUAUUGCUGCUUCUAGGGAUUGCAGCAGUUAUAAUCGUUCGUCGAAAAAAGACCUAUGAUGCUGCUAAGAACAUUAUGCUUGGGUGGCGUCAUAAUCCAAUUAAGGAGUCAGAAUUGGAAAAUAAGCAACGAGAGUAUUCAUUUAAUGAGGUGGUUAAUAUGACCAACAAUUUUGAUAGGAUUCUUGGCAGAGGUGGAUUCGGAACAGUUUACCAUGGCUUUAUUGAGGACAUUGAAGUGGCUGUUAAGAUGCUUUCAUUAUCAUCAGUGCAAGGAUAUCAACAAUUUAUUGCAGAGGUUAAACUUCUAAUGAGGGUGCAUCACCGAAAUCUGACUUCUCUUAUUGGUUAUUGCAACGAAGAAACUAACAUAGGACUCAUUUAUGAAUACAUGAAAAAUGGAGAUUUAGAUGAACAUCUUUCAGGAAAAAACAAUAGGGGGAAGUCUUUGAACUGGGAAGAUAGACUUCCAAUAGCAGUAGAUGCAGCCCAAGGAUUGGAAUAUCUGCAUAAUGGUUGUAAGCCACCUAUAAUUCACAGAGAUGUGAAAUGUCCAAAUAUUCUAUUAAAUGAAAACUUCCAUGCCAAACUCGCUGAUUUUGGAUUAUCCAAAUGUUUUGCGGCUGAGGGCGAUACACAUGUGUCAACCAUUGUGGCCGGAACUCCAGGCUACCUAGAUCCUGAGUACACAACAUCAAACAGAUUGACAGAAAAAAGUGAUGUGUAUAGUUUUGGAGUAGUUCUUUUAAGGAUAAUUACAGGUCAAUCGGUGAUAAUAAUAAAGAAAGACACGACUCAUCAUAUAAUUGAACGGGUUAAUUCUAUGAUUGCUGAAGGGGACAUAACAAAAGUUGUUGACUCAAGGUUACAAGGAGAUUUUGACAAUAACUCUGCAUGGAAAGCGGUUGAAAUAGCAAUGGCCUCUGUAUCUUCCACUUCAGUGAAAAGGCCAUACAUGAGAGAUGUAGUGACACAGUUGAAGGACUGUUUGGCUGCAGAGUUAGCCCGAAAACAUAAUAUUUGUAACCUUCAAAAUGAAGAUUCAGUUGAAGAGUUCAGUGUGAAUUUAAUUAGUACUGAUAUGACUCCAUCAGCUAGAUAGGUUAUGAUAAUUAAUACUUGUACUAGAAAUAAAAUAGCUUGAAAAUUGUGGUGCAUUUUAAGUUUAUUUUGUUGUAAUAAUGUAUUUUAGCUUCUUAAACUAUUUUGUCUUUUGUUGUGUAUGCAUUUUAAUUGAGUAUAUGUGAUGGAGUCCUUAGAAAUUUUAUUAUAACAAGAGCUGUUAUAUUCAGUUAUUAUCUCAUAAGUCUUGUAUCUUAUAUCUCUCAAGGUAGAUUAUUGUAACAAUUUAUCUAAUAAUUGAGUUGACAGAAGAAAAAUUAUA